AUGAACUACAAAUCAAUAUGGAGACCAAUAUUGAUAAAUAGAAGUAAUAGACCAAUAUUACUGAAUGGUGAGUAUAAUGUAUUAAUAAUAGAUAAUACUGGGUUAUAUCAAGGUAAACUGAAAAUUAUAGGUCGUCAAAAUGGUAGAUUAUACUUAACAAACAAGAGAAUUAUAUAUUUUGAUAAUGAUAAAAUAGACAAUAGUAUUGGUGUUGAAUUGGUUAAUAUUGUUUCAUUAGAAUUAAUAGAUCGGUUUCUUAGAUCAUCUCCAAAAGUUAAAUUAUUUAUCAAAUCAACCGAAUCUACUAAAAUAAUUAGUAUAAAUUGGACUUGUAAAAUAUGUUCAUUUAUUAACCAUAUUAAACUGAAUUUUGAUUUUAAUGAAGAUGAGUUACCUAAAUGUACUUCUUGUGGAAUAAAACCAAAUAAAGAUUAUUUAAGAGAAGUUAUACGGGACUCGAAUCAGAAACCAACUACCAAAAUUGUUCAAUCUUCAUCCAACGGGCAUUGCCCUAGGUGUACUUUUAUAAAUCAUCCUUCUAUCAAAUUUUGUGAAAUGUGUGGUACUGAAUUAGUCAAUUUUAAUGAAGAAUUGAAAGAGGAUUUAUUAGAUUUGGAAUUAUUGGGUGAUGAAAUAUAUACUGAUGAUAAACCAUAUAUUAAAAUUAGUUUUCGUAAAGGUGGUGAAAAGAAAUUUUAUCAAGAAGUUGCAAAUUUAAUAGACGAGAUAAGUUGGGAAAAUAUUAAAAAUAAAGGUGGUGUAAAUCAAAAUGGAAUUAAAAUUAAUAAUAAUGAGACUGAAUCAAGGAAAACUAAUGGUGCUGGUAUUCAUGCAUUAGAACAAAUUGGUGAAUUACAAAGAAUACAAAAUGAAGUUAUCCUAAGUACGUCCUUGGAUGAUAUAGAACAAUUGAUGUUUAAAUAUCAAGAUUUACUCAAAUUAUCAAAUUCAUUUGGAUUAAAACAAAAUGCUAAUGAAUUUGUUAUCCCACCAUUAAAUAUUAAAAAGAGCUCAUCGUUAUAUCAUCAAGAAUUAAGUCGACAUAUUAGUGAAUAUUUAGUCACUUAUAAAUUAACUACUAAUUCAUCAAUGAUUACUUCACAAGAUUUAUAUGCUGAAUAUAAUCGAUUUCUAGUUGGAUCUCAAGGAUUUGGAUGUGAAUUGAUUGACUCAAAUGAUUUUUUAAAAUCUAUUGAAAUGUUUGAGACUUUAAAUCUACCUGUUACUUUAAGAGAUUAUAAAUCUGGAUUAGUGGUAGUUGCUCCGAGAAAUUUAAAACAUAUUUAUGGUGAAUAUAUUACUGAAUAUUUAAAAAAACAAGAACACGAGUUUAAAUAUUUAAAAAUGAGGUCUGAAAUGAUUGAAGAAGACGAAUUGAAUGAAAAUUAUGGGAAAACGAUAUCACAAAUUUCAAAAAAUUUUAAUUGGUCAUAUAAUAUAACAAUUGAAGAAUUAGAAAAAUGUAUUGAGUCAGGAUUAAUAGUAAUUGAUCAGAGUAUAUCUGGAACAUUUUAUUAUAUUAAUAAGUUUACAUAUAUUGAUGAUGAUUGGGAUGAUUCGACCGAGAUUGAAGAAAUUAAAUUACAAUUAAUUGAAGAACAAAAGCUAAUUACACAAAAUUUAAAAUCAGAAUUUGAAUUAAAAUAUCAAAAUGAUUUAAUCAAACCUAAUUAUUCAUUUGGUACUAUUCGAACACCAAUAUCCCAUUCUGAAUCACCAUCUUUACAAGAUUUAGCAGGUUUAAAUUUUAAUAUAUAG